CAAAAUGGCGAAGCGGACUCCGCUAUAUCUCAGACAGUGAGGCCUCCGAGGGGACCUCUCACGGGCCGAGCCUCCGGAGAGCGGGCGGCGGCGCGACAGCCCGCCCGGGACCGGCUGCGACCGACCGCCGGCGGAGGUUGACGACCUAUCGAUUUUUUUGUCUGCGACCUCUCGUCGGCGGGCGGGCCGUUGUCGGCGGCCGGGGCAGCGGGAGCGCUGCUGGCCUGCUGCGGAGGUGAGCCGGCGCCAGCGCGGACAGUCGUCAGCCGCGGCGCCGCGCGCGUCAGCUGAGCGCUCGCGAUGGCAGAAUAUCAUGGUCAAGGAAUGGACGCGGGCGGGAACAAUUUUGACUCCGGUCAACAGCAGCAGGAGCAGGAGCUGGCGACCAAGAUGCUGCAGAUCCAGUCCAAGCGCUUCUACCUGGACGUGAAGCAGAACCGCCGGGGGCGCUUCAUCAAGGUUGCAGAGAUCGGCGCGGACGGGCGCCGCAGCCAGAUCUUUCUGGCGAUGUCGACGGCGGCGGAGUUCCGCGACCACCUGUCCAGCUUCAGCGACUUCUACUCCUCGCUGGGCCCGCCCAACCCUGACAACGUGCCUGACGAUGGCAAGCUCAAGUCCGAGAUGAUGCUCAAAGACAACCGGCGGUACUACCUUGACCUGAAGGAGAACUCGCGCGGGCGCUUCCUUCGUGUCUCGCAGACCAUCACGCGCGGCGGCCCGCGCUCGCAGGUCGCGCUGCCGGCGCAGGGCAUGAUCGAGUUCCGCGACGCGCUCACCGACCUGCUGGACGACUUCGGCACCGACGACGGCGGCUUCAAGGGCGAGCUGCCUGAGGGCCGGCACCUGCGCGUGGACAACAAAAACUUCUACUUCGACAUCGGCCAGAACAACCGCGGCAUCUACAUGAAAGUCAGCGAGGUGGUACCAUCGUUACAAGUGAAAAGCAACUUCCGCACAGCGAUCACGGUGCCCGAGAAGUGCUGGACGCGCUUCCGCGACAUCCUGGCCGACUACUGCGACAAGAUGUGCCGCGCGCACCACCAGGCGCAGGACCCGCAGAUGGUGGGCCCCGGCGGCGGCGGCGGGCCGGGCGGCGCGGGCGGCAGCGUGCGCCAGACCACCGCGCAGACCACGCCCGUAUUCGAUGUAGACACAUUACCAGGAAACGCGCCGAACCGGAUUUGAUGCGAGGAUUUGAGCGCCUACUACUGAACUGCCGACUAUCGCGACACCGACAGCCCGCCACCGAACCAGACCCGCCGCUCGCCGGCGCCGGGCGCCGCGCCGGGCCCACGCCGCACCCGCCGGGCCCGCGCCGGACCCGCCGGGCCCGCGCCGGACCCCGCCGGGCCCAAGCGGACGCGCGCCGCCCGACGCCACUGACGAUGCGUUCGUCUUAUCUGUAUAUAGUAUUUUAUAUACGUAUGUUCGGGGCGCCGAGUCACAAGUGGCCGUACCACUAUCGCGCGGUACGACAACUUUUACUACUGUUAACGUCAUGGAAUUAACUGAUGCUGCGUAAAUUUUGGCCGCGUUACGAUGUAACGCAAACAUUAGGAAUACAAAAGACAAAUUUUUGGACUCGGACGUUUCGGUAGUAAGAGUUGGUGUUGAUUGUUGUAUCGUAUUAAAGUACCGCCAGUUGUGCUCGGACGCCCGAUAUAGUAGUUAUAUGUAUGUAUGCCGUUGACGUCACAGCGACUCCGGUAGAUGUAAGGAUGUGAUAAAAUAUUUGAGCUUUAUGGUUUAUUUGUAAUAGUUCACGCGCGCCUGCGCACUUUGAGUGCCUCGCCGCGCCCGCGCGUGUCCCUUUGUCUGACCCACACUACUUUCGGAGAUUCGUAAAACAUAAAAGCAUAGAUUUCUCCACUUGAUAGACAAGUUGGUGGUUGUUAGCAUACACUUGGUGUGUGAAGGACAGGCGGCGGGCGCGGGCGAACGUCGGGUCUGCGUCAGAGACGCCACAAGCUUUGAGUCAAAUCUUCAAAUUCACAUGUACGUGGCCUUUUAAUCUAAUUACUUGUGUGACGGCUGCGGCCGGUCGUUUUUUCUGAAACUAACAUUAGGUUUUAUUUUUUAAAUUAUCAUUUUAUCUUUUACUCUUACCAUUUUUUAUACGUGUAAAUAGUUGGCACUCGGCACACGAAAACGGGAUUAUGAAAUGUAUCGAUUGAUUUAUCAGAGGGUCGGAAGUUUAAUUCCGAUCGAAGUCAUUUUAUUUUUGUUAAGUUGUACCAUAUUCAGUGAGUCAGGCGAUGCAUCGCGACCGGGCGAACGGAUUGGCUAUUAACGCUUUAAACUAAGUAAUCGCAUCUCUGACGUCUUUAAUUAACAACAUAAUAAAAUUGAAAAAAAAAAAACUGUUAAUUGUAAAAUGCCACUUAUCUAGUUUGUAGGUGUAUGUGUUUUUUUAACAUGGAAUAUUUAAAUAUAGUUUUUCGUCUAUACUAAGAAGCAUACGGCAGGCACGGAGUAUGCGGGGAGUCGUCUCGCACGAAGCGUGACGUCGGGUGACGUUGGAAUCGGGACCUUCGGUCGAAGGUCAUGAGUCGGCAUUUCAGUGGCGAGACGGUUCCCGGGGGACUGGCACCGGGUGUUUACAGGGCGGGUGGGGCGCGGGGCCCGGGCCGGGGCGUGCGGGCGCGGGCCCGGCUGGGCGCCGGCGGGCCCGGGCCCCGCGCCGGCCACCUCGAAUCAUUAGGUAAGUGCCACACUGCUGUGAUAUUCUCGUAGAUCCAGGCGAUUUAUAAUUACCGCAACGCCGCGGUCACGAUUGGCUAUCAAAAUUGGGAAUGACCGUUUUAGGAUAUUUUUCGGAUUUAUACUUUUGAUGUUGAACGUCAACUGUCAAUUUUUUUGAGUGAAACUCGAAGUUUUUAGGGAAACGAAUUGGUGGGGGUCAAAAUUGUUUGCCAAAUUAUUGGAAUCGGGAGACUAGUGUGUAUACGUAUUUGAAAACAGCGGGCAGUGGCCGGCUCGGCGCAUCUUGUAUUUGAUAUAAGAUGAAACACUGUUAAAUUAAGCAAACUCAUGUUUUUCUUGGAUAUUAAACUCUGUUUUUAAAAAAUAAAUUAAUGAUCUUUGACACUGAAAUGUACGUCAGGCCGCCAUUGUCCGCUACAAAUCCGCCUGAGGGGUAGGAGAGGGGAGGGAGGGGUCUCCGCGGAAGUGUGGUUUGUAAGCACCCUGUGUUGUGGUCGGGGACGAUCGCUUUUGGAAUCUACGGCAGCGCAGUAUAUUUCUAAUCUCUUCUAUAGUUUGGUGAUCGGUAUAUUUUGAUAGUUUUAAAUACUCGGAUUUUAUAUUCAAUCGGUGGUCACCGCCUCUCGCUUUCUACCCGCGUAGAAUAAAACGGAUGCAUGCCCGGGAAACAUACGCAGGAUUGAGUGAUCUCGAGUCAUCGAUUGAUAUAAGGCUAUCCCGUUUUUGCUACACGCGAGUAGAAGGAGACGGACCGGCUGUCAACUGAAAUCCGUUGAAUAUAAAAAUCAGUCAUUUUAGUAAUCGUUUGAAAGUGAACGUUACAGCAUAAUAAUAAAGUGCAUAUUCCAAGAGUGAGUCCCUCACGUGCUUGCGCGGGCCCUCACGUGCCUUCGACUUUAUUGAUGUAUUUAAGCAUUUUUGUUUUUACUAUUAUUACGGUUACGAGCGUAACUACAUCACCCCUGAGUUUUCACCCUUUAUUGGUAGCUUUAAACGCGCUGUCGACGUCGCAUCGAUCGCGGACGGAAAAACCUUUACGACGUAACGUGCUUUUUAAGAAAAAAACAAAAAAAUCGUAAAAAGUCGAAAUAAAAAUAGUACAUAAAAAGUUGUUACAGAUAACCGAGCGCGUUAAGUUUUGUAAACGUUUUUUUUUUUAUUGUAUCCUGUAAUGAUUAUGUAGGAGCGUUUCGGACGCGUAGUAUAUAUUUUUUGUAUUAGUUUUACGAUAGUUUCGAAUCGUCCCUCGGGCUUCGCUUCGUUCGAUACAGUAUUGUAUGGUGCACAGCGUCGCGGAUGUAUCAUAUAACUUGUUUUUGUUCCUAGUUGUACUCAAGCUUUCCAUGUUACGCCAGAAACCAACACUGCAAUGUAUUCAAAUCAACCGUCGCCUGGUUCCUCUGAGCAUAAUACUGUCGCAGGUUUGUGGCGUAAUACUCGAAGGCGUUAGUCGCUGUGCUUAUCUCUAAGUCAGGUUGUACGUUCCACGUGCAAUAGAUACCGCUUCGCCGAACCGAUUAUACCUACUGUUAAUGUUUAACUUCGAUCGUACAUCGUUCGCGAGCAGUCGCACGACUGGAGGCAGCGGGACGAUUACGCGAUCCGUAUGUAACCUUCCGUGCGCAGUCAGUCGUGCGGACUACUGCGACUUGCAAUAAAUUGAUUGUGAACGAUGACCUGCAGAUGCCAUCUAAGUAGAAAGAGAGUUGUUUGAGUGACAGAGACGGCACUAAAAUCUAUUUCACUCAUAUAGUGCCCUCCCCGUCACGCAUGUUUUCGACUCGACAGAUUGCUGAACACUGCAGUUAUCGUAAUUUAAAACAGAAAUUGUAAAAUAGCGUAUUUUUCACCCUUACGAAUCAUAGAAAUAGUUAGAUCCAUUCGAUUGCAACCUCCGGGCUCGUACCCGGGGUGCACUCAAUGUGGUAUUUGUGUAGGUUAAUUUACAGUACAUUUUCCUCUGACCAUUUCUUAGAGUGGCAUAAGUUGGUGACGUCCGAUUUAAGUGUUACAUAUAGAAAAAAAAAGAUAAAUAACUAUAUAAAAACACUUCUGCAGCGUGGAAUGAAAACCUUGGAGCUUUAAAGAGUGAUUCAUCGAAGAUACCACUUAUUCGAUUUCUCGAAAUUGUAACUCGGUAUAAUGCAUGCACGGCAUUAUCAUAACUCCUCAAUCAAAAAGGUCUGAAUGGAUUUACAACGGAACAGCAUUAGCAAUUUUGACAAACGAAUGAUUCGUGUGUUCGAUACGAUCGACGAUAGAUCCUCCAGUGUUUUUGAGUUGUGCUGUACGUUAAAAUAGUAAUAUUAUGUAAGGGGGCGGCGGUCGUUAGGCCGGGCGGCGGCGCGCGCGCACGAGUGCCGAGUUGGCUCGCGGGGAGGCGGUCGCACUGCUGCGUACUGGGUGGUACAUAAAAAAAUCUUCCAAUACACAAAAGAACGCAUCAUUACAGGCAUCGUAAAUCUGAAUCUACCUUAACAAUAGGUACUAUCGACAACAGUGUUAACUGCCCAUUGCCGGUCAUGUCGUCUCGUUCUAUCGCAAAGAAUCACCAUUGAUGAGAGCGAGAGCAAAAACGGAAAUGGAUAGUUAACACUGUGGCCGUGUGUACAUUUUUAGUUCAUUUUAAGAACUCGUUCUUUAUCAAGGUAUAUUCUCUUAAUAGAAAAAAAUAGCAGUCGGACAUGGUGUGUGCCACCCCGUACCUCAUAGCCUAGUCCCCAGCACGGUGCCUCCCCGCGACGUGGCUUAAUUUUAACAACUUUAUGGUACAAAAACGUAAUUUUAGUUCCAUAGACGGUUAAGACUACAGAGUUUAUAUCUAGAGAUUAUUAAAGUAUAUCCUCCGGCUGGUUCAGCCAGCCUAGCAACAGUCAAUAAAAUAAAAUAAUGCUAUAUGAUAAAGAUAUAUUAAUAUUAAAUAGUGUCUAUUCUUCGAGAAGCUAGUAAUCGCGUGGGUUUAAGUCGGCAAUAGUUUGUAGUGCACGAUUUGCUAAGAGAUUUUUCAUUUCCUCGAGAUCUCCGUUGGGUCGGGCCGGCAAUUAUGUUUUCCCAUCACCCUUGACUUAUCCAUGACCUCCUUCUUAAGUCCCUAUGCCUAUUGGCAACAUUUAUUCAAAAACAAUAAUGAAGUCCUUUUUCAACAGUCUAGUUCUAUCAGAAAGACUGGAUAUUCCCAACCCAUUGACCUUUAUGUUCUUUUUCCUGCCCUUCUGAACAUAAAAAAUCUCCUUUGAUCCCUUCAAUUAUUAUUUGUAUCUAUACUUAGAUUUAUAAUUCACGUCAUUAAUUUGGCAAUCCUCGUGCGAUAAUGCUAUACGCGUAUAAGCGUAGAUCUUCGGUCAAUUCCAGUCGAUUGAUAACAUUAUUAUGUAUCCUUGUUUCACGGUUUCUAUGUAUGCCACUUUUCGAGAAAUUACUGACGCGAAUUAAAGUCUAAGUACUUUUGUAUGUGCAACCCCCACGAAGUUUUAGUGACAAAUAGCACGAUGAGAAACGAUAGCCAAUGUGUAAUAGAAAUCGCCAGAUGUACUCUUUACGAUUUCUAUCGCCUAUUGAUUUGAGUUUUAAUCUGCUGGUCUUCAGACUUCGGCGGGGCUGUAUCAGACAAUGUAGUGCGUCAGGUCCCGCCGGCCCAAGUCUCGUGCCGCCGGAGCGGUGCCGCCGAGUGCUGCCCUGUGAUAGCGCGCCCACCGCCGUCGCCCGCACGUCUCUCUCACGCUUCACGCUUAUUCAUCUUAGUUAAGGUUUAUUCAGAGUAAAUACAAAUGAGUAGGUCAUCUUCAUAGAAACGCACCGAGCGCGGUUUAUAUGUGAGCUCGCCAAU